CAAAAAACCGUCCUCUCUCCUUGUCCAAACAAAUCGUCACUCUCACUCUUCCUCUUUACCUUUUCGCAACUUCCUUCUCCAUUUCCUACGAGGAGAAGCUCAAAACCAGAAAAACAAACCCUAAACAGUCACUCAAGGAAAUCCCACAAUUUCCCACAUAAACCCUCCCCUGCUUUAACACUCCAUCCCUCUUCACCAUCCGAUCUGUCAAUUUCAAAUCCCAAUGACAACCAGCAUCCAUAUCACCGCCUUAGACGGGAUCGUAAAUGUGAACUCCCUCUUCACACUAGCCGUCUUCAUUGGCCUAGCUUGGAACCCAACUGAUCCCAGCAACACUCUUAUUGGCCCCAAUGACCCCAUCUCCUGCUCUCCAAGCCCCAAAAUCGCUGAAGAUUUGAUCGCCUUCCACGUGUACUCAUUCAGCUCCUUUCUCUUCUCUAGCCUGAUCGCUCUCGCUCUUAAACAAGCUAUCAGGGUCGCUAAAACUUCAAAUCACACUCAUGGAAAUUAUUUGGAGGCGGCUGAGCUUAUGUUAGCGCACGUGAAUAAGAGUUUGAUUCGGGUUGGGAUGUUGGUUUCGGGUAUUGGGUCGGUUUGUGGAUGCGUGUUCUUGAUGCUGGCGCUUGUUAAUGUUGUUCAGUUAAAGCUUGGUAGUUUGGGUUGUGGAAACGGACAUGUUUAUGCUGCUGUUGUUCCGCUUGUUAUUUUGGUUCCUGUUGCCCUUUUGGUUUAUGUUUCAAUUGUUUUGUACGCUUUUACUCGCUAGUUGUGUUAAUGAAGUAUUUAAUGUUGUGUGAUUUAUGUGAGAGGAUAAUUGUAUCCAAUGACGUAAAAAAUGGGAAGUGUUUCUUCCAUGUUGUAGGCUUUCCGAUAUCAAAUACAUGUGCAAGUUGGUUUUAUUAA